GCCCCGAGCCCUCUGGAGCCCGCCCCGGCGCCCGGGUUCCCGAGGGGCGGAGGAGCCGCGGAAGGGCAAGGCAGGGCAGCCGCUGCAGACCUGGCUAGUUGCAGCACUUACCUGAAACUUUGCUGAGUGGCCCACUGGACCCCUGCCUGCUUCAGUCUCACUUGCCAGCAGCCUGGGAGGGACCAUGCGGGGGCUGCAGGCACUGGCCUGCUUUCUCUGCCUGUGGCUUCCUUGGCUGCAAUGUGAUGAGCCUGCCAGCACCGGCCCUGAGCAGGUGCACCUGUCCUACCCAGGAGACCCCACCUCCAUGACGGUUACCUGGACAACUUUUGGCCAAGCGGACUCUGUCGUGGUGUUUGGUCCCGAUCCGGGAGCAGCCUUCACUCGCUCGGCCAGAGGACAGGCCAUGAAGUUUGUCGAUGGGGGAAAGCUUGCCCGCACCAUGUUUGUCCACAGGGUCACCUUGAGUGGCCUCCUGCCAGGGCAGCGUUACGCCUAUCGCUGUGGAAGCCCCACAGGCUGGAGCAGGGCCUACCUCUUCCAGGCCUUGCUGAACGGCAGCGAUUGGAGCCCCCGCUUUGCCGUGUUUGGGGAUAUGGGCAAUGUGAACCCCCAGUCCCUGCCUCGUCUGCAGCGUGACACUGAGAUGGGCUUGUACGAUGUGAUCUUGCACGUAGGGGAUUUUGCCUACGACCUGCACACGGAUAACGCUCGUGUCGGAGACUCCUUCCUGAGGAAAAUUGAGCCUGUUGCUGCGCUGGUGCCAUACAUGACCUGCCCAGGGAACCACGAGCAGAAAUACAACUUUUCCAACUACCGCGCCCGCUUCAGCAUGCCUGGUGGCACCGAGAGCCUCUGGUACAGCUGGGACGUCGGCCCUGCUCACAUCAUCUCCUUUUCCACUGAGGUAUACUUCUUCUUGGAGUAUGGGCAGGACCUUGUUGCAGAGCAGUUCCGGUGGCUGGUGAAGGACCUGCAGGUGGCAAACACCCCAGAAAGGCGCAAGGAACGCCCCUGGAUCAUCACCAUGGGGCACCGACCCAUGUACUGUUCCAACAACGACCACGACGAUUGCACCCAGCAUGAGAGCGUUGUUCGUCAAGGGCUUGACCCACACCGAUAUGGCCUGGAAGACUUGUUCUAUAAAUACGGUGUUGACCUGGAGUUGUGGGCCCACGAACACUCCUACGAGCGGCUCUGGCCUCUCUACAACUACAAGGUUUACAAUGGCAGCACCAAGGCUCCGUAUACAAACCCUGGCGCCCCUGUGCAUGUUAUCACCGGGUCAGCUGGUUGUCAAGAACAGCUGGACCCCUUUGUCCCUGAGCCACGGGAAUGGAGCGCUGUGCGGAUUGAGGAUUACGGAUACACCCGCAUGCAGAUCUUCAAUCAGACCCACCUCUGGCUGGAGCAAGUGUCGGAUGACCAGAAGGGGAAGGUUGUGGAUGGGAUUUGGCUGAUCAAGCAGCGGCCUGGCGCCAAAGCAUGGCAGUAGCCCUGCCCAGGGAGGUCCCACCCUUUUCCUAGUCCAGACUGCUCGGAUGACUUGAGCCGAAGAAGCACCAAGGCUGCCAGCCUCUCUCUCCUCGUGUUCCUCCUCCCUUGUAACUGUGCAGAGAAACCCAUGUAUUCGGUGGAUUUCCUCUCCCAGGACAAGAAGGCUGAGAAGAUCCGCUUGCCAAUCAGUUUUUUGGGAAACCGUCAAGGUAGGAGGCAGCCCUCCUAGUGCCUGGCCUGCUCAAAUGGCCAGCCAGGGGUCCGAGCACAGCCAGGAAGGGUCCCUGUCUUCUAGGACCCAGUUGGGAAUCCAAAGGGUGAUCUCUGUCCCGGCACGUGAGAAUUUCCUCUAGGCCUCCUGGGGUGAAGAAUCUCCAAAGAAGCCUGAAGCCACAAAAGAGCAGCUGACACGUGUGCUGAGGAAAGUGGACUGCUAGUCCCCGGAGCAGGGCAGGCUGUCACAUUCCCAGAACGGACCUCUGUUGGACUUUGCAAGGAGGCAUUGGCUUUGACGCCGGAGCCUUGUUGGCCCCCGGAGCAUAUUUUUGGCGUCUGUGGAUUAGUCUUUUCUGCAACAUGGAACAGCUCCCCCUUUUCUCUCUUUCACAUUGGUGGCUAAGGAAAUGAACUGUCAUCUGGGAAGCCCCCAGUUCGAUCUCACCAGUUCCCUGGGUGGUCUUUAGCAAGCCACUCGCUCUGACCCUUAGUCCCUCAUCAGCAAUAAGGGGAUAGUUCUGGCCUACCUUAUAGGGCAGUUGGACAGAUCACUAUGACAUGUGAAGCACUUUGGACACUGGCUGCCCCACACAAGUGUGAAGUUCUUGAUCUUUCUAAAUUCUCAUCUUUUUUAGCAGCAUUAAAACCGAGUCCAGUAUUAGAUUCCAGCCUUUAGCCCAUGCAAAUGUCUUCCUCGUGCGCUUGCAGGUGGAACUCAGGACUAGGAAAUGGCAAAAUGGGAACACUGUGAGAUCUCAGGCUUUUAGAAUUGGGACGGGUCUUCUUGUAGCACUGAAUGAAAACAAUUAAAACUUCUUAUCCUCAGGAA